GUCGUCGUCGUCGUCGUGUCGGUUGUCGUCUUUUCUCUUUUCCUCCGCAUUAUAUACUAUAUAUAUAUAUAGAAAAAGUAUAGCAUCAUCGGAAAAAGUGUUUUAAAAGUUAUUUUUUUUUUUUUUUUUUUUUGGGAAACGCUUCAUUUAUGGACUUUUCCUGAAAAGAAGAAAAAAGAAAAAUGAAGGAUAUCGAAGAAUUGCAAGGCCUAGAAAGUGCAUGUCGACUUUGUUUAACAACCGAAGAAACAAGAUCUUCCAUUUUCGGUGCUGCUUACAACGUAGAACCACUAAUUGAGAAAAUAGAAAAUUGUUUAUCUCUUCAAAUUUCUCAAGAUGAUAAAUUAUCGACUUUAAUUUGCAUCACUUGCGUUAAUAAAGUCAGUCAAUGGCAUCAAUACAAAAAGGAGUGUCUUCAAUCUCAGGACAAAUUAUCGGCAUGGCUGGCAAAACAAUCGGAACCACUUCCGGUUGUAACCGUAAAGAAAGAAUUAGAAGAAGAUUCCAUCGAACAUUCACAUUUAGAAAAGAUUACAGAGAAAAAUGCCGAAUUAGACAAGAAUAAUGAGAAUUCAUUGGAAAUAAUUGGAAAUACAUCGGGAAAUUUGGAAAUAAUUGAAAAUGGAGAACAAGAACAAGAAAUGGAAACAGAAAUUGAAAAUAUGGAAAUAACGACAAAUAUUCAAGGAAUAAAUAAUGAAAAUAAUAGUGAAAAACAAAUUAAUCGCGAAUCAACAAAACGACGAUUAUCAAAAGAUUUUGGUAAUGAGGCAAAACGUUUUAAUCCAUUGCCAAUAAAAACCGAGCCAAUUGACGAUUCAUUGAAUAUUGAGGAAAAUCAUAUAAAUACAGAAAAUAUGGAAAAUACAGAAAAUACAGAAAAUACAGAAAAUUUAGAAAAUUCGGUAAAUUUAGAAAUAAAAGAAAUAAAACAACAAAAAGUUUCAUCAUUAAAGGGAAAAAAGAAAAUAAGACGUGGACCACAUACACAUUUUCGCGGUGCAAGAAUAUUUAAACGUAAAUGUCUUCAUUGUCAAAUAAAUUUACAUUCAAAAACAUCGUAUGCAAAGCAUAUGGCACGUUUUCAUUCAAUUUCAAAUUUAGAAAAUGAAGGAGAAGAAGAGGAAGAAGAGGAGGAGGAAGAAAUGAUUGAAGAUGUUGAAGAGGAAUUGGAAAAUCUUGAAGAGGACGCACCAUUAACGCCAGUACAACAAAAUAUAAUAAGUCAAUUUAAAACAUUUACCUGUUAUUCAUGUGAGGAAUCAUUCAAUGAUUGUUUAACAACUUUAAAUCAUAUUCGUCAACAUAUGCCCGAUUUACGUGCGUUUACAUGCGUUGCUUGUUUAACGGAAUUUGGCAAUGAAAAUGCCUAUAAAAAACAUUGUGAAAUUUCAUUUGAAUGCGCAAUGAAAAUUGCAUUGGUCAUACCAAUUCAAGGAACGGAGAAAUAUUUCACUUGUAAUAUGUGUACAAUGGCAAUGGGAAAUCGAAAGGAAUUAUUGAGUCAUUUAGCUAAACAUUCGGAUAAACAAUAUGAGGAAUUAAUGUCACCGCCAGUAAAAUUAACGACAUCACUUCCCUAUGGACAGGGUGAUCCUGCCUAUAAUCAUGAAUGUGAUUUAUGUGGAAUGAUCUAUCGAUAUAAAUCAAAUAUGAUAAAACAUCGUGAAUUAUGCGCGAGCCUACAACCAGAGGGUAGAACAUCGUAUAAAUGUAUUGAUUGUGGAAUGACAUUUUUGGUUUUCAAUAAAUUUCACAGUCACGUGAUGAUUGAACAUAAGAAAAAAGAAUUAAAAUGUCCAAAGUGUGCCGCUAAAUUUCGUUCGCCAGGCGAUUAUCUCACGCAUCAUGAAUUUCAUCGUAAGAAAUUUUUUGAGGAGAAAAAAUUCUCUUGCAAUCUUUGUAAUGGAAUAUUCGCGACACGUGGUGAAUUAACAGAACAUAGGAAUUUACAUCUUAAAGUGAAAAUUUAUUCCUGUGCUAUUUGUCGUUCAAUGUUUAGUAGCGCUGGUGCUCUUGAAAUACACAUGAAGGAUCAUGGAAUUGAUGAUCCAAGCGAAAGAACAGCAAAUACUUCCUGUUUAGAGUAUGGAAAUAAAACAAAAAAUACCGAAUGUCAUGAAUGUGGGAAAAUAUUUUCUAAUGUUGCAAAUUUAAAACGCCACAUACGCAAUGCUCAUGGUGAAAAUGAAAAACUUAUUUGUGAUUGUAAACGUAUUUUUAAAAAUAAAGAAUCCUAUGACGAGCAUCAACGUGUUGCGCACAAUUUGGAAAAAACUGUUCUCACAUGUUUGGAAUGUCCAAAAACAUUUGUAUUUCAGGCGAAUUUAGAUUUACACAUAAAUAAUCAUCACGCCAAAGUGAAAGUACCACAUGAAUGUGAAAUUUGUGGUAAAACAUUUGCUGAGGAAUCAUCAUUAAAAAUACAUCGCGGCUGGCAUAAUCGCGCUAAUUCAAGAUUUAGUCUCGAUAAUCAAAAUACAAUGACAAAACCAGCAAAGGCGAGAAAAUCAUUUCCAAUGAUAAAUCCAAUGAUACAAUUACAAUGUCAAGUUUGUGAUGAUAAAUUCAAUGACGUUGGUGAUCUUCGUAAACACGUUUGGGAUGUUCAUUGUGCAAGAACGGCAAAAACAGAACCAUCAUCAUCAUCAUUACAAGAAGAAGAGAAAUUUCAUUGUGAAAUUUGUGAUAAAUAUUAUAGUUCAGGAAAAAUAUUAGCAAGGCAUAAAAAAUUACAUAAACAAAUGAAUAUGCAAAAAUUUACAAUAGGAAAAAAAAUUAUUUGUCAUCCAUGUGGAAGAACAUUCACCGCUGAAUCGGCUUUAAAACGUCAUCGAGCAAUUUCACCCGAAUGUUUGUUUAAGAGAAACGAAACAAUGAAAAAACCGGUAACUUGUCAUAUUUGUAAAACAAUAUUUCCAAAUAUGAGUAUAUUAUAUCAACAUAAACAAUUGAUCCAUAAAACACAAGAAAAUGAUUCAAAAAAUUUAGAAUCUAAAUGUAAUAUUUGUAGUAAACAAUUUACAAAUAUUUCAAAUUUAAAACAACAUAUUUCAAUGAAACAUAAAAAUACAAUGGAACAUCCAUGUACGGUGAUUAAUUGUAAUAUGAUAUUUUCAACUUUACAUGCAUUAAAAAGUCAUGAAUUACAACAUUCAAAUAUGAUUUAUAGUUGUACAUUGUGUGAAAAACAUUUUUUUCAUCGGGGAAUAAUGGAGAAACAUAUUUAUAAUUCGCAUAGAAUUGUUUAUAAAUCAAUUGGCGAUGAUAAGGAUUCAUUAUUUAAGGAAACUGAUCUCACAUCAUAUAAUGUUAGAGGUGCAACUGGAACUGUUUGUCCAAGAUGUAAAAUUAAAUAUCCAAAUAUUAAGGCAAUGAAGAUACAUUAUUUCAAAUUUCAUGAGACGCAACCUUGAAGAUAAUUUGAGGAAGAGAAGAAAGGUUUUUUUUUUUAAUUUUUGUCAGAGGUGAGAGAUUAUGGUUUUUUUUGGAUUUAUAUAUAAAAGGAGACGAAUGAAUUAAGCUUUUGGGGAAAAUUGAAUGGAAUUUAAUUGAUUUAAUGGGAAAAUUUAAAUU